UCCCCGCUCGCUCCCGCCGUGGGAGAGAGCUGCGACAGCGAGGCUGGGCGGUCGCGGCGCCGGCCCUCCCCGCCUCGCAUUCAACUGGUGGGACCCCCUCCUUCUCGGCCCCCAGCAGCGGCGCGCAGGCGGCGGGACGAAGCCGGCAGCGGGGCGGCUCGGCCCGGCCCGGCGGGGCGGGCGCCGCUGGCAGAAGGAUGAUGCGGGCGGCGGCCCCGCGGCGCGGGCGGCUGCAGGCGGGCGGCGGGCAGCGGCGCGGCGCCUGAGCGCAGGGCUCCGCUCCGCUCCCGAGGAUGCUGCGGGGCGAUGCCCGGCGACAGGGAGGACGAGAUUUGCCAGAAAGCUCUGCAGCUGCUGGCCGAGCUGUGCUCCGUCGGGGCGGUGGAAAACGAGAACUGCCGGGAUUUCAUCUACUACCUGCGGGACAGAGCCCGGCCCCGCCUCACCGACUCAGAUAUCUCAAUAAGCUUGCUCUCCUUAGUUGUCACAGCCUGUGGCCUUGCUCUGUUUGGUGUCUCUCUGUUCGUAUCCUGGAAGCUUUGUUGGAUCCCUUGGCGAGAGCGUGGUUUGCCAUUUGGGAACAAAGACAACAAACAAGAAUCCCUGAACUACACAGAUACAGAGACCAAUGACCAUGACUACAGUGAGGAUUAUCUAGGUCAACCUACAGCCUAUCCAGAGUCCUCCAUGAAGAUCAGCCACACCUCUCCUGAUAUUCCAUUAGAUGCUCAGGCAGGAAUGAAGGAGAACUGUGUACACAGUGUACGAAUGCAGCGUCAGAUCACUGAACCAACUUCUUCUGCUCGGCAUAAUUCAAUCCGAAGACAGCUCAACCUCUCCAACCCCGAGUUCAACAUCCAGCAGGUUCAGAAACAGGAGCAACUGACGGGGAUUGGCCGCAUUAAGCCAGAGCUCUAUAAACAGAGAUCAGUGGAUGCAGAUGAUGGCCGGAGGAGCAACGGCAAGGCAUGUGGAAAGCUGAACUUUAUUCUGAAAUAUGAUUGUGAUUUAGAGCAGCUGAUAGUGAAGAUACAUAAGGCCAUCAACCUGCCAGCAAAGGACUUUUCUGGAACUUCAGAUCCAUAUGUGAAGAUAUAUCUACUUCCUGAUAGGAAAACAAAACACCAGACUAAAGUGCACAGAAAGACCCUAAAUCCAGUAUUUGAUGAAGUUUUUUUAUUUACUGUGCCAUACAAUGACCUGAACGCAAGGAAACUCCAUUUCUCUGUGUAUGACUUUGACAGAUUCUCCAGGCAUGAUUUGAUUGGCCAAGUGAUAGUGGAUAAUUUUUUAGAUUUGGCAGAUUUUCCCAGGGAAUGUAACAUUUGGAAGGAUAUUGAAUAUGUCACCAAUGAUAAUGUGGAUCUUGGUGACCUGAUGUUUUCACUCUGCUACCUUCCAACAGCUGGUAGACUAACAAUUACAAUAAUAAAGGCAAGAAAUUUAAAGGCAAUGGAUAUCACAGGAGCAUCAGAUCCCUAUGUGAAGGUUUCUUUAAUGUGUGAAGGAAGGCGACUAAAGAAAAGAAAGACUUCCACCAAGAGGAAUACCCUUAAUCCUGUUUACAAUGAAGCCAUAGUCUUUGACGUCCCUCCAGAAAACAUUGACCAAAUUAACUUGUCGAUAGCUGUUAUGGAUUAUGACCGUGUAGGUCACAAUGAGGUCAUUGGAGUAUGUCAAGUAGGCAACGAUGCAGAAAGUCUAGGUCGUGACCACUGGAAUGAAAUGCUGUCAUACCCUCGGAAACCUAUUGCUCACUGGCAUCCUCUUGCAGAGGGCCCUAUUCAGCAGAAAUGUUAUGCAGGUCUUCUGCGCUUGGAUGGCUGCCGAAGAGGCUUCCUCACCCUUUUAACCUAUUCAGCAGAAAUUUGGCAUUCCUGUUGAACUCUUUCUUAGCCAUAUCCUCAGGGGCUAUUCCACAGAGUCCAGUGGGGAAUCAAGUGGGGGAGGGUGUCCAGCGCACCCAGGCUGUGCAGAGAAAUAUAUACACAGCAUAUCAUUUUGGCUCCUGAAUCAGGAUUAGACUCAGCGAGAGCUUCUGGAACCUCUGUGGCCACAGCCAUAGGACCUUCCUUGAAUAUUUGCUGAAUAGGACCCUCAGUCUUCUACUGUGUGAAGAGCUAUUGGUUUCAAGUAGUUUCAUGUUAUCCACUUGUAGCAUUAAUUCUCCAACUGAUAUUAUUGCUACUGAUAGAUUAUCUGUAUGAUUGUAAGCAUUACCCAAAUUCAAGUCAGAAUUUGUUUGCUAGAAGUAACCCAGGUUUUACAAGCAACAUGAUAGCAAUGAAACUAAAAAAUAUGGGAGGCAGCAACAAAUAUUUUUCUUGUAUUUGCAAAAAAGGUGCAGUAUUGUGAUCAGGUAGCUUUCUAAAUAUAGUUUUUUUUUCAAGAAUUAUUGUCAUUAGAUAUUUAAUUUUUAAUGACAAGUUGUAUCCUCAGUCUCAGUUGGUGCCAGCUUUCACCUCAGAUGAAAGCAAAGGAAUAUCCUUCAAAUCUGAGAAAAUGAAAAAACAUUCUGGGUGAGACCAAGAUACAUAUGGUACUUGUAAUGACAGUAUGUUCUUUUAGAAAGAAGAUAACCAUCUGUAUAACAUGCAGCCUGUAAGUCCUCAACCUUUGUAGAUAAUUUUCCAGUCAAUGUGUCUUAGUUGUGUCCAUGACCCUGUAAGAAGUUGGAAGCAUAUCACAGGCAGCUAUGCUCUAUCAGACACACAAGCAAACAGGUGUGUGCAUGUGCACACACACACUAUGUCAUUUUAAAAUGCUGCUCCAAAUAUAUACUGCCUGUGAAGACUUUAUUAAUUGCAGUACAAGUAAAAUGGCUGUUUGACAUGAUGGUACAUUGUAAAUGCUGACAAGUUCCAGCCAUUAAAACCAUUAAUAAAAAAAAUAAAUAAAGCACUUAACUCUUUCACAUGAUGAAAUCUGUAUUCCAAAACAAGAGCCACUGGGAUACAUUUUUGCCACUUAUUUAGCCAUGCAUGGAGUUCUCUCUUCCUUUAAAAUUACAGAAUUACAGAAUCAACUGGGUUAGAAGAGACCUCCAAUAUCAUGAAGUCCAACUGAUCACCCAAUCCUAACUAAUCAUCUAGACCAUGGUACUAAGUGCCUCAUCCAGUCUUUUCUUAAACACCUCCAGGGACGUUUACCCUACCACCUCCCUGGGCAGCCCAUUACAACAGGCAAUCACUCUUCCUGUGAAGAACAACUUUCUAAGAUCAAGCCUAAACUUCUCCCUGCACAGCUUGAGACUGUGUCCUCUUUUUUUGUUGCUGGUUGCCAGGGAGAAGAGACCAACCCCCACCUGGCUACAACCACGCUUCAAGUAGUUGUAGACGGCAAUAAGGUCUCCCCUGAGCCUCCUCUUUUCCAGGUUUAACAGCCCCAGCUCCCUCAGCCUCUCCUCAUAGAGCUUGUGCUCCAGACCCCUCACCAGCUUUGUUGCCCUUCUCUGGACACGUUCAAACAUAAUUGUGCUGUAUAACAAGUACCAUAAUUCCAAAAUAGAGAAGGAAAUCCCUUAGAAAAGCAUCUCAGCAAGAUUUUAAUCCCACUUCACUCAUUAAAAAUGUGCUAUUAAUCUAUUACUUUUAGUUCUCCAUAACAAGCCACCAUUUCAGAUGUUGUUUCAUAAAAAGCAGUGAGAGUCAAUGGGAAAGCCUUCCAAGCUACUAAUACUGAGGCAAAGUAUAUGGGCAGUUGUGUGAUAUUCCCAUGCCAAAAUACUCAGAGCACUGCCCUUCCACAGCUGAGUGCUCAAAUAUUUCUUUAUCUGUUUCAACUGAAAUAACAAGACAUUAAAAGCACCUGACAGUGGACAAACACACAUUCAUCUCAAUUUAGGGAAGCAGGGAUUACCAGAACAGAAAGCAAAGAUGUAGUAUAAAAGGCCCAGUGCUCAAACUGUUCCUGCCAGUCAAUGCACACUUCAGCUUUCUAUGCCACUGGAUCCAUAAACCACCAAAACAGUACAUAUGAGAAACUUGCUAUAUAGAAGUCAGUAAGUACCAGUAGUGAAACUGAUGGUACAAGCCAAAGUGAGACAACAGCAAAAAAAUGAAAAACAGGAGGUUGUUUUAAUCCCCUCUUCUUGGUUUGAGGGGAGAAUUGUUUAGGCUUUUUUGUUUUGUUUUUAUUCUUUGUUUUUAGGGUUGGUUUCAUUUGUCUGUACACCAAACAUGAUACGCAACUAGAUUAACAAGAGCACCCAAAAUCAGGGGUAUGAGAGACAUUUUUGUAUGUCUAUCACUUGGUAACAUUUGAGCACUGAGGGGAUCUAUUUGCCAUUUAAAAAAAAAAAAAAAAAGCAAGCUGCAAACUUUCUUUUAAUUUAAAAGUAACAAACAACAAAUGAGAAGGGAGAAAGAGAACUGGAAGUUCAAAGGGAAAACCUGGUUUACCCAGUUGAAAAUCUUUCUGAAAUUACUGUUAAUGCAUUUUGCUCAAAUAUAAAGAAGUGAAAAAAUGUAGAUGAGGUGACUCAAUCUGAAGUGUCAUAAAUUAAAUGCUUUCUUCCCUUUAGAACAGUGCAUUGUCAGAUGAUUACAUCUCAGUAUCAAGUGAGAAAACAAUGGCCUUCCUAUCUAGAAGGAAAUAAUCAUGUAGAGAUAGUAAUCCACAAAACUGUAGAAUUUAAUAGAAGCUGUCUGUACUGGGGAAAAUGGCAUCAGGAUACACUUUUUAACAGCAUCACUGAAUCUUGCUGUAGUUAGUGGCAGACCUUGCUUACAACUAUAAUUCUGUUCUGAAGUGACAGCCUUACAAUACAUGAACCAAGCUGUGUAAUGUGUGAAUUCUCUUGUAAGGCCACUGCACAUUCAAGGCUGAGUAGUUUCAAGAGCUGUGUUUACAGUUAACUUCUAAUGUGGUGGGUUGGGCAAGGAACUACAGCUGGAAGUUUUCCAGAGUCCUGCAGUUCUCUGAGAGGACCUCCAUCUUCUUGAAGGUCCAUAAAGUGCACUAAUCCAGAUGGCAGUGAUGGACACUAUUUCAGAAAGGUAUCAUCAGGACAAAGCUCAACUGGUGAUAAAACACACACAACAUAGAGGGGAAGAAUGACAUGAGGACUUGUAAGCAUCUGGGCUGUGUUUGUUUGUUUGUUUUGUCUGGGUAUUUUAGUUCUCCCUUCAUAUGCUCAAAUGUAGACAAUGUAAAACUGGAAUAUUUCACUUGGAUGCAUGCUGGCCAGCUGUCAUUUUUCUUACCCAUUGCAAAGAUGCGUGAAGAGAAGUGUAUUGUUUUGAUAUACUUUUGGUUUUAUUAACACAUGAACAUUGUGCUAUACUUUAUUAUUAUUUUUUGUUCAAUAAAUAGUCCUGGUAUCUCUAUGUUCCAUGUCUAAUUUUGGAGAGUAGAGCCAUACCUGUAUCAAGGCUCUCUCGAUUAGGUGGGCAUUUUGUUUGUUUAGUAGAAAUAAUGCAUGAUUCUUUUUGCAGUGACGGUUGAGGGACAAAAAAUUUUCUUAAUUUUAUAAUAUGUAUUACAAUCUUCUAAACACAAGUAAAAAUGUACUGUGAUUUAUUUAUAUAAAUCUAGCUUGAACAAGUAAGUUUUGAUCUUAAUAAAAACU